UCUUUUUUGGGCAGUCAUCUGUCAUUUUUUCUUCUUUUUUGGCUGUCAUGUGUCAUUUGUGAGCAAAUAAUUUAGUAGAAUUUUUGGUAGAUUUUAUCCUCAAUCUAGUAGAAUUUGGUAGAUUUUAUAUAUAAUCUAGUAGAAAACGAGGUUCGGUCGUUGGCAACCCUGUAUAUAAUAUGUACAAAGCCAUAGAUUAGGGGAAAGGGGAAAGCAGAUGAUGUUGAUCCAUGUUAAUCAAUGUUGAUGUGUACGUUGUAUUAUUUUAUAAAUAAAUACAAAAUAGUUUCAGGAAAUCAGGAACAGCUGCUGCUUUUAAGAAUUUAUAGUGAUACUAUAAACCAAAUAAAAUGGAGAUUAAACAAGAACUUGAAGACAUUCACUGGAAGAAGGAGACUCCAGAUAAUUUUGUGUGUUUACCUGAAAUAAAGGAAGAAAUUGCUGAAGAUGAAUUUGCUUCCUAUAACACACAAGAGAACUUUUUCUUGGAUACCAAGGAUUUAAAUGAUAUUAAAACCGAAGUUAAUGUUGAAGAUUUAAAAUAUGAAGACAUACCUUGUGAAGUGGAAUUAAAUAUUAGCGGAAACAGCUUUCCUAAAUUAUCUAAAAAAGGCUUUAAAAAAAGAAAAAAAGGAGUGCGAAAUAAUUCCCUAUCAACGUCAGUAGAAUUUCUUUGUGAUAACGAUAAAGAACAAUAUACUUGUGACGUUUGCUUGAUGCAGUUUCCAGAUCAGAGGAACUACCACCGUCAUAUGGUUAAUCAUACUGGUGAAAAACCGUUUCAUUGUGCAAUUUGCCCAAAACAGUUUUUUGGAUAAAAGAAGCUUAACGUUGCAUGCCCGUAUUCAUACCGACGAGAAGCCAUUUCAUUGUAGAGUUUGUCCACAAAGCUUCAAGCACGAUAGCUCCUUAAAAGCCCACUUACGCACUCAUUCCGACGAAAAACCGUACCAAUGUGAGAUUUGCCAGCAAAGAUUCAAACACGAAACCUCAUUAAAACCACAUAUGGCUACACAUUCUGGCGAAAAACCAUACGAAUGUGAGACUUGCAAAAAACGGUUUUCGGAUAAAAGAAGUUUACUACGUCAUGAAGUUAUCCACACUGUUUCCGAACUAUUUCACUGUGAAAUUUGUAAGCAAACAUUUAAAGUGGAAAACUCAUUGAAAAUUCAUAUGCGCAGUCAUACUGGAGAGAAACCUUUCCAGUGUGAGGUUUGCCUAAAGCAAUUUAGUAAUAAUUGUAACUUGAAGCAACAUUUCAGACUUCAUAGUGGUGAAACGCCGUUUAUUUGUGGAGUUUGUUCACAACAGUUUGUGUUUAAAAGGUCUUUGAAACGCCACAUGGUUAGCCACACUGGAGAAAAACCAUUUCAGUGUGAAGUUUGCUCUAAACAAUUUACAGAUAACAGAAGUUUAGAGGCUCAUAUGUGCAGUCACACAGGUGAAAAACUGUUCCAAUGUGAAAUCUGCUCUCAAAAAUUUACUCAAAAAAGCUCGUUAAAGACUCAUAUGCGUACUCAUACUGGCGAGAGACCAUUCCAAUGUGACAUUUGCUCGAAACAGUUCUCAGAUAAAACUUAUCUAAAAUAUCAUAUGGGUACUCACCAAAAACCCUUUAAAUGUGAAACUUGUGAGAAACAUUUCACAACGAAGCAACAAUUGGACGAACACUCACAUGAUUAUAUCAGUAAAAUAACGUUUCAGUGUCAUAUUUGUUUUAAACAAUACACCAAUAAGUCAUACUUAAAAUCGCAUGUGCUAACCCACACUGGGGAAUCGCCAUUUUUCUGUAAUAUUUGCUGUAAAUCGUUUUCGUUGCAGUUUACUUAUGACCGACACAUGCUAAUUCACACUGCUGAAAAGCCAUUUCACUGCGACAUCUGUUCCAAGCAAUUUUCGGACAAAAGCAGCUUAAAACGUCAUGUAACUAUUCACACCGAUGAAAAGCCUUUUGAGUGUGAAGUAUGCAAUAAGCAGUUUAAAAGGAAACAUUGCCUUAAUCGACAUAUAUUAGUUAAGAGCCAUUACAAAGUUCCUGAAAGUGACACUAUUGCACCUGAAAGUAGUAUAACCUAACUGUUGUUAAAACGCAUGGUUAACAUACAAACACAUCAAAUUCAGGGUUGGCAAAAACCAAGGUUUUGUCCAAAAAACCAAAAAAGUCAGGUUUUUUGCUUUAAACCAGGUUUAUUUGAUACAAAGCAUUAUAGUCUAAAUACUUUAAAAACGAAUAAAUUAUUUUAUAAUAUAAUAGUAAUAAGCAAUGAAAAAAUGAUUAAGGGGAUGGGUACGUAUUUUCGUCUGCAAUGCUAUUCAAAUGGAGAUUCAUUUUUUUUGAAUCGUGAGAAAACUAAUAAGUAUUUUUGAAAAAUUUAAACUCGGAAUGAAAGAUUACAUUCUUACCGAGGGCCGAAACUCCCUGAAAACUUCUACAAUGUUUAUUUUAAUAAGUUACAGGGGUGAAAAACUAAGAGAAAAAUGUAGUGUGAUUUUUAAUUUCAAAUAUCUCAUUCAAAAGAAACUUUUUAUUUAUUCUAAGGGACUUUGGGCCCUCGAUAAUAAUUUGGUCUUUCAUUCUGCGUUUAAUUUUUUUAAAAAUAUUAGUUUUUUCAGGAUUCGAAAAAAAAUGGACACCAUGUCCAUGGUCGUAUUUUCCAAAUCGAACAUUCGCUAUCUUUGUCAUACAACGCACUGAGUCAAAUAGAAUUUGAUGACAAGACAGUGACAGUUUUAAAUAUUUGACAUGGCAUCGGGAAUAUUUUGAGUUGUUGAUUAAAUAAUAUUGAUAGUGUAUUAAUUUGAUAAAUAAUUGAUUUAAGACGAACUUAAUAAAAAGUUAUUUAUUGUUUAUUAUUUAUGGAAGAUCCCAGCAGAGAAUACAUCAGGAUAUAUUCUGUGAUCCAAGUAUUUUUUUGUUAAACAUUAUCAAAAUUGUAAGCGUUCCAUAGUAACAAUAUAUUAUUAAAAAAUCA